AUGCAUUAUCUUAGUUUCAGAGAUUCGGGUUGUUACACUCCCGUGUCCUCAUCAUUAGAACCAAAGAGAUAUUCUGGUCCGACAGUAGAUUCACCAGGCCAAGUCGAACUAUUAAAUGUUAAGACAGAUGAAAAUGAAAAUCCCAACGUAAUUUCUCGAGAUAAUUUCGUAAAUAUUUCUACAAAGUCCAAUACAGUACUUCAUGAAUUUAAUCAAACAGCUAAAUUAAAUAGUGUUUCUGGAGAACGAGAGCAAAUUAUAACAGGAUUUCACACCAAAAAAUUACCAUUAGAAACAUCUCACAGAAUUGAUGUUAACUGGGACGACAUGUUAGACACAGAAUUAUUUCAAGAUACGGUAACUGCACAAAUAGAUCAAUGCAAAUCUUUAUCUUCCGAUAUUGAUUUAAUUGGUGACAACGGAAAAUUAAAAUCCAAUAAGACAUCAACAAAAGGAUCCGAAAAAACGACUAAGACACUGCAUCAAGAUACAAAAUUUAAACGAAAAAUUAAAAAUACUAACACUGUAAAAAAAUGGCUUAAUAAUGUAAACCAAAGUGUUCUAGACAACAUUAAUGAACUCAAUGAUGAACUUUCUGAUAAAGAAAAUAAAACCAAAUCGAUUGACAAGAUUAAAGAAGUUAUAAAAAAGAAAGUCAUACAAACAAAACUUGCAAAUAAAGAUGGAGUGAUGAAGUAUGGAAGACCUGAAACGAGAAAUAUCCAGGAUGAAAAACCCGAAAAACAAGAAAAUAAGAACCUUCCACCAGCUAAAGAGGUUUCGGAAGAAAAGAAAUCUAAGUCUAAAUUUCUAGCUCCUAUAAAGUCUCAGCUACCAAUUAAAAAUGUUUCUUAUGAGAUAUUUACUUUAGGCGAUUAUGACAAUCCAGCUGAGAUUAUUGAUAUGAGCGAUAUAAAUGAUGGCACCGAAAUUUUAGCCGUUCUUGUUUAUAGAAACGGUUUUUGUCAACUCAACAGUGUCUAUACAGAGGACGCCUGCAUUAUCGAUGGAAUUCUAUUACAAAUAAACGAACGGUUUUAUUUCAUUGACAAAAUUAACGAAGAUGUUAAAGAGAUUUAUAAUAGAAUCUUUGAACACAAUACUUUACUAUGUUAUGAUGGGAAAUAUAUAUUGAUGUAUCUUUUAGAAUUUACCGGAUGUCGUCCGGAUUCCAUAUUCGAUGCAAAGAUUGCAGGAGCUUUGUUGGAUCCAGAUAAUCUACCAGAGAAUUUUUCUGACAUACAAAAACUAUUGUCAUACACACCAGAUUAUACGAUUGCCACCGAAUGCAGACUACAGAAAACUGCUUGGUAUACCACACUUCUGAGGGAAUGUAUCUCUAAAUUAAAGGAGCUUUUGGUAGAGAACUCACUGUGGAAAGUUUUCAAAGAUGUAGAAAUGCGAUUGCUACCUAUUAUAGCGGAAAUGGAAAGGUUCGGAGUUAGCGUAGAUAUGGAAAAGCUGAAGUCGAUGGAGCAAAUUCUGUUGACCAAGAUGAAGUCAGUGGAGCGCGAGUGCCACCUGGCGGCGGGCAGGUCAUUCCAGAUAAACUCGCCCGCGCAGGUGCGGACCUUGCUGUACGACGACCUGAAGCUGGACGCCUUCAGCCAAUUGCGCAGCUUGAUGUCCGUCCAUCCGUUGCCCAAACUGAUCUUGCAGUACAGGCGCCUGCACAAGGCGCACGCCACCUACCUGGCCGGCAUCGCUCAACAAGUUAAGAAUGGCGUCGUCAGACCUACUUGGGUGCAGAUAGCGGCGGCCACAGGGCGGAUGGCGUCAAACAACCCCAACUUGCAAGCGAUACCGAAGGCGCCGUUCAAUCUCGACAUGUUCUGUGAGGGCGCCGGGGGACAGGCGCUCCAGCUGCGGGCGGUGUACGUGCCCCGCGCGGGGCGCACGCUGCUGGCGGCGGACUUCAGGCACGUGGAGUGCCGCGUGUUCGCCGCCGCCGCCGCCGACCAGGCGCUGCUCGCAGCGCUGCAGCACGACGACUUGUUCAGAGCGUUAGCGGCAGACUGUCGUCUAGUUAAGAGAUCGGCGAAUCGUCAGAUGUCACCGGCCAUACCUACGAACUCUCCUCGCAGCGAUAUGCGAACUGAUGGCGUUAGGCCUCUUUUAGUAGAACUAUUUAACGACGGUCGAGAUAUUUCGGUGGCUACUUUUAGGCUGAAUAAAUCGGAGGCGGACGUGUCCCCGGCAGACCGCGAGCGCACCAAGCGCAUAGUGUACGCGAGCCUGUACGGCUGCGGCGCCAAUAAACUGAUGGACAUCCUCGACGUCACAUACCGACAGGCACUCGACGUGCUCGCCAGCUUCAACGCAAAGUUUCCGUCGCUGAGGUCGUUCGCGAGUCGAGUGCGGGAGCAGUGCGCGCGCGCGGGGGGGCGCCUGCGCACCGCGGGGGGGCGAGUGCGCGCCUUCCCCGCGCCGGGGGGGGCGCGCCAGCUGCGGCAGGCCGUCAACUAUCUAGUGCAAGGUUACACGCUCAUAUACUACAAUAAGAGGCCCUGUAGUGAUUUACCAGCAGAAGUUGACUUGCGCAAAACUUCACAAGACUCACGGUCUGCAGCGGAUCUUUGUAAAGUGGCCAUGGUGAGUGUGGAGCGGCGGCUGAGCUCCCGGCCCGGCGCCGCCCGGCUGCUGCUGCAGAUACACGACGAGCUCGUGUGGGAGGUGCGCACUGAACACUUGCACUGGGCAGCCGGUGAGUCGCUCGUUACGAGUUGCAGAUACUCCACCGACAAACGACGACGACGCAUACAAAUUAAUUUACCUGUUGUAUUUAAAGUAGGUAAUGUUCCUAAUAAACAAACAAAUAAUAAAAACGAAGCCUUACACUCAGGCGUGGUGAAAGAAACGAUGCAGUGUUGCGGCCAACAGUGCGGCCUGCCGCAGCGGCUGCCCGUCGCCGUGUGCGCGGGCGCCGACUGGGCGAAUAUGGCGCCGGUUUAG